AUGACGAGGCAGAACCAGAGCGUGAUCACUGAGUUCAUCCUUAUAGGCUUCUCGAAUCUGGGGCAUCUGCAGGUACCUCUCUUCUUCACCUUCCUCCUGGUUUACCUGACCACUCUGAUGGCCAAUGCCACCAUCAUGACUGUCAUUCGUCUGGACAGGACUUUGCACACCCCUAUGUACUUCUUUCUCUUUGUCCUCUCCUUCUCUGAAACCUGCUACACCUUGGUCAUUGUACCAAAAAUGCUGACCAACCUGCUUUCCAUGAGUCAGACUAUUUCUUUCUCUGGCUGUGCCGCUCAGCUCUUCUUCUUCAUGGGCUUGGCUUGUACCAACUGUUUUCUAAUUGCCGCCAUGGGCUACGAUCGCUACGUUGCCAUCUGCAACCCUCUCAACUACACUCUUGUUGUCAGCCGAGCCACCUGUGUGCUGCUAGUUCUGGCCUCCAGCUGCUGUGGCUUCCUGAUCUCUGUGGUCGUCAAUGUCCUGGUGUUUAGUGUGCCCUUCUGCGCCUCCAAUCAGAUCAACCACUUCUUCUGUGAUAUUUCCCCGGUCAUAAAACUAGGCUGCUCUGACACGAGCCUGAAGGAGAUGGUCAUCUUCUUCCUCAGCAUUCUGGUCUUGCUGGUUCCCUUUGUGCUGGUCUUCAUCUCCUAUGUCUUCAUCGUCUCCGCCAUCCUCAAGAUCGCAUCAGCUGAGGGACAGCGGAAGGCCUUCGCCACCUGUGCCUCCCACCUCACGGUGGUCGUCGUGCACUAUGGCUGCGCCUCCUUCAUCUACCUCAGGCCCACGUCCCUAUACUCCUCAGAUAAGGACCGGCUCGUGGCAGUGACCUACACUGUGAUCACCCCACUACUCAAUCCCCUUGUCUACACACUGAGAAAUAAAGAAGUGAAGAGCGCUCUGAAUGAGACUGCUGGGCUAGAGUUUGAAGAUCUCCUAUGA